AAUAAGAAUAUAGCUUUCAAUGCUAUUCUCAUUGGUAUACCUAGGUUAGGAUAGAAUCAGAGAUACGGACAUGGAAGUAAAUUUCAAACUAUUGGAGUUGGAAGGUUGGAAAUUGCCAACAAUCUGCAACUAUCAAAUCAGGUCACACUAUUUCAACAUUUUAACUUAAAGAUAUGAUGAAGAAAUAGCUAUCACAAAAUAUACUGUGAAAUUAAAUAUGGAGUAAUUGCCUAUGCUGCUCCAACAAAUAUCAAAAGGCCAGUUCAACGCUAAAUUCAAAUGACUCUACAAUUUGAACAUUUAGAAGCAAGAAAUUGCUGAGCUUUAGCUUCUGCAAGCUCAUUCACCUCCUGGAAUAAAAGCAUAGAGAGGAAACUCAUCUUUUAGGGUUUCUCGGUUAUUUAGGCAUCGAAGCUCCGGUCAACAAUCCGAACGGUGAAGGUAUAGAAAGGGUUGAGGAGAACAACAUAUCUCGGGCUUGCGGCGACCCAACGGUGGACGCAGGCGGAUCGGGGUUUUCAGCUUCGAAUCUUUACUUGGGGUUAUGUAGCUUUUGGUAGCUUUUUUGGAAAAUUUAGACCGAAAGAAGGAUAGAGGUUCUGGAAAUCUGUCGUUUGGUGGUGGUUUUGUAUCCGUCAGAACACCGGUGGUGGAGCUCUCUGACGGGCGGCGGUUAAAGGUUAGAGGAAGGAGAAUAAAAAGGAAAUAGAGAGAAAAAGAAAAGAAAAGAGGAACGGGAAAGAUGGGAAGAAAAAUGAGAAAAGAAUAAAGAAUGCCACGUCAUAUUUCCGUUAAAGAUUUUAACGGUAGUGAUUAAAAUAAACAAAUUAUGAAAUAUAGAUGUUUAAAUUGUAAGUUUUUUAUUUUAGGUGCCUGAAAUGAAAAUUUGUUAUAGAUGGCUAACUAUCUGUCUAGUUUACACAUUUCUAAAUGACAGUUGCGAUCGGGAAACUGAAAACAAACGCACUCACUCUCAGGAAGACCACCCAAAAAGAGAAAAAAAGAAAAAGAAAAAAAACCGUCUUCAGAUCUGAAAACUCAAAUCCAAACUUCAUUUAUUUCCGUUUGAUUGUCGAGAAAGAGAGAGAAAAACGGAAACGAUGGAGAAGUUCAUCGAUAACUUGUCUCCAAUGGAUCUGAUGCGGUCGGAGAAAAUGUCGCUUGUUCAACUCAUUAUUCCUGUCGAGUCCGCUCACCGAGCCGUUUCUUAUCUCGGCGAACUUGGUCUCCUCCAGUUCCGUGAUCUAAACGCUGAGAAAAGUCCAUUCCAACGAACAUUUGUUAAUCAGGUGAAGCGUUGUGGAGAAAUGUCAAGAAAGCUACGUUUUUUCAAAGAUCAAAUUAUUAAAGCUGGUCUACUAUCCUCAAUACACCCUGUUGUGGAGCCAGAUGUGGAAUUGGAGGAAUUAGAGAUGCAACUAGCCGAGCAUGAACAUGAGCUAAUUGAAAUGAACUCCAACAGUGAAAAACUUCGACAAACAUACAAUGAACUCCUGGAGUUCAAGAUGGUUUUGAUAAAGGCCGGUAGUUUUCUUGUGUCAAAUAAUAACCAGGCAGUUGCCGAGGAAUGGGAAUUAAGUGAGAAUGUAUACUCUAGUGAUCGUUAUGUCGAGGCAUCGUCAUUACUUGAACAGCAAAUGAGGACAGCAGACCAGUCUGGGUUGAGAUUCAUCAGUGGGAUUAUUUUUCAAUCUAAGGCUCUUAGAUUUGAGAGGAUGUUAUUUCGUGCUACCAGAGGCAAUAUGCUUUUUAAUCAGGCACCGGCUGGUGAAGAAAUCAUGGAUCCAUUAUCUGCCGAAAUGGUUAAAAAAACAGUAUUUGUAGUUUUUUUCUCUGGGGAACAAGCUAGAACAAAGAUUUUAAAAAUUUGUGAAGCAUUUGGAGCUAAUUGCUAUCCUGUUCCUGAUGACUUCAGUAAACAAAGGCAAAUAACUAGAGAAAUCUUGUCACGUCUUUCUGAAUUGGAAACCACAUUGGAUGCUGGCAUUCGCCAUCAAAAUAAAGCUCUGACUUCAAUUGGUUACCAUCUAACACAAUGGAUGAGCAUGGUACGAAGGGAGAAAGCUAUAUAUGAUACGUUGAACAUGUUGAAUUUUGAUGUUACUAAGAAAUGUCUUGUUGGGGAAGGAUGGUGCCCUGUAUUUGCAAAAGCUAAGGUUCAAGAAGCAUUGCAACGGGCAACAUUUGAUAGCAAUUCGCAAGUUGGUUCAAUUUUUCAUGUGAUGGAUGCUGUAGAAUCACCUCCUACAUAUUUUAGAACCAACCAUUUUACAAAUGCAUAUCAGGAGAUUGUUGAUGCAUAUGGUAUUGCUAGAUAUCAGGAGGCAAAUCCUGCAGUUUACACUGUUGUUACUUUUCCAUUUCUCUUUGCGGUGAUGUUUGGUGACUGGGGUCAUGGAAUAUGCUUGUUAUUAGGAGCAUUGGUCCUCAUAGCUCGAGAAAGCCGACUCAGCACACAGAAACUUGGAAGCUUUAUGGAGAUGCUAUUUGGGGGGCGCUAUGUGCUCCUUUUAAUGUCACUUUUUUCAAUUUAUUGCGGGUUGAUUUACAAUGAAUUCUUCUCCGUUCCCUUUCACAUAUUUGGUGGUUCUGCUUACAAAUGCCGAGAUGCUACUUGCAGUGAUGCACACUCUGCUGGUUUAAUCAAAUUUCGUGAUCCAUACCCAUUUGGUGUAGAUCCAAGUUGGCGUGGAAGUCGUUCAGAGUUGCCUUUUCUUAACUCUCUUAAAAUGAAGAUGUCAAUUUUGCUGGGUGUGGCCCAGAUGAACCUAGGAAUCAUAUUAAGUUAUUUCAAUGCACGCUUUUUCCACAGCUCCCUGGAUAUUAGGUAUCAGUUUGUACCACAGAUGAUAUUUCUUAACUCCCUUUUUGGCUAUCUUUCACUUCUCAUAAUAAUCAAGUGGUGCAUUGGUUCUCAAGCGGACCUUUAUCAUGUGAUGAUCUAUAUGUUUCUGAGUCCCACUGAUGAUCUUGGUGAAAAUGAGUUGUUCUGGGGCCAGAGACCGCUUCAGAUUGUAUUGCUUCUAUUGGCAUUAGUUGCUGUUCCAUGGAUGUUGUUUCCUAAGCCUUUUAUUUUGAAGAAGCUUCAUUCUGAGAGAUUUCAAGGUCGCAACUACGGCAUGCUUGUCUCCUCUGAGUUUGAUCCUGAUGUGGAACCUGAUUCAGCAUGGGAACAUCAUGAGGAGUUCAACUUUAGUGAGGUUUUUGUACACCAAAUGAUACAUUCCAUCGAGUUUGUUCUAGGUGCUGUCUCAAACACUGCAUCAUAUCUUCGGCUUUGGGCUUUAAGCUUGGCACACUCUGAAUUAUCGACAGUUUUCUACGAGAAAGUCUUACUACUUGCCUGGGGGUAUGACAACGUUGUGAUUCGAUUAAUUGGGCUAGCAGUUUUUGCGUUUGCAACUGCUUUCAUACUACUCAUGAUGGAGACCCUUAGUGCCUUCCUACACGCCUUGCGUCUUCACUGGGUAGAAUUUCAAAAUAAGUUCUACCAUGGUGAUGGAUACAAGUUCAAACCUUUCUCGUUUGCGUUGAUAACAGAGGACGGCGAUUAGUUAACCCCUAAUCCUGCAUUUCUGUUUUUGACCAAGUUUGCAAGAUGGAGAGGACAUUAUUUUGAGAUGGAAGCUACUAAAAGAAAAAGGCGCAGACGUAACAAUUCAGCGGGCUUAAGGUUUGCUCCUCUCAACCCAGCUUUUUGUGCUACACAAAUUUGACAUAGGAAUGUGGAAUCCUCGCACGCAUUUUCUUUUCAAAUGAAUUGAUAUAAUGCUGAUACUAAUAGGUCAUAUGAGGUAGUGUAGUUUUUCUUUUUUUAACUUCAUUUCUUCAAAAUAGGAGAAAUGAGUUGGUUGGUUAGGUGGGUGGGUGGAUAAGAGGGAGAGAGUCUUAUUAGUUAGAGCUAGUUGUAAAGAAGAGCUCUGCUUCAUUAUUUUCGUAUAUAUAGCUUUCUCUGAAUUUCAUUUGGUUUUUCAUUUGAGAAGUGGUGGGAAGGGUUUAGAUUUAUAAGAAUUUUUUACACACACAAAGACUAUAUGGAUUUUGAAGCUAAUAGGCUUUUGUCAAAUUUUUAUUGUAGUGAUUAAAUCACAUUAUUAUAGAAUUCAUUUAAUUUUUGCCUUUGGUAUAUUAUAUUGAGAAUUCUAAAAAUAA